AUGUCUUUCUGGGACUCUCUCAGCGGCCGCAAACAGUCCAAAGGACCCGAGUUCGACCCUUCCACCGCGCAAGAUGCGACGUCGUUCCUUUCAGAGGUCGCUAUCCCUGAUCCCACCUCUCUUCACCCCUUGUCUGGUUUGAACCAGGAUACUCUCGAUUAUAUCACCCUCGAAGAUUCUGCCCUCGAUCAAACACCUGGCGAGCGAUCGCUUUUGCCCUCACGCGGAUGGUCCGACGACCUGUGUUAUGGAACUGGAACAACGUACCUGACUGGUUUGACUCUGGGAGGAGCAUGGGGACUUGCCGAAGGCAUGAGAAAGGUACCCCCGACAGCACCCCCCAAGAUUCGUCUGAACGGUGUGUUGAACGCCGUCACACGGAGAGGCCCCUUCCUCGGAAACUCCGCUGGUGUGGUGGCUAUGGUAUAUAACGGCUUGAAUUCUGGAAUUGGGGCUGUGCGAGGAAAGCACGAUGCUACCAACAGCAUCGUUGCAGGCGCCCUCAGUGGUAUGAUUUUCAAGAGUACCAGAGGCCUCAAGCCUAUGAUGAUCUCUGGUGGUAUCGUGGCUACUCUCGCAGGAGGCUGGGCUGUUGCGCGCAAAGCCUUGCUGUAG